AAUACUUCCAUUGCCACGAGGAAAAGAAACAAAGAGUUCCGUCGAGGGAAAGAAAAGUCCGUCGACCAUAUAUUCAGAAAGUCGGCAUGGUUGACAUCAGAUGUCAGUGACGCAGCCUUCAUGGAGUACAGCAAGAUUUUGCUAGGAUCAAAUCCUCAUCCAAAAGCAUUGACCAGUUGAUGCCAUAGAUUACGUGAUCUUCUGAUUAAAACAAGACAAACUAGUUCAGCACAGCGGGUCCAACACAGAACACAGACUCCAAGAAAUGUCAGACCUCUCACCCCGUCUGUGGUUUCUCGGGUAGUAUGAACAACUGGAAUUAAUUAAUAUAUUUUGACCAGAUCUAGUUAAUCGAAGCCUGUAACGUGAAUAUAAACCUGCCAAUCUCUCAGCUCUUGCAAAGCCAAUCACCAAAAUGGCUCAAUUUCAGGCUGCCAUCUUCUUCCUGUCUCUCACCGUCCGCUGCAUCCUGGCUGCUAGUGCGCCUCCCAGCACCCGCGCUGUCAUGGCGCCGAUCAAGCUCGACCAGCGCACCUCCUUGUACACCUUCUCUGCCAAUGAUGGCAGUUCCUUCGUCAUAGAUCUGAGCAGCUCGGUACUGUCUCUAAACUGCCCGAGAAACCACCCCACCUUCCCCUGUAAUUCCCCUCAAUGCUCUGCAUUUACCGGCACUUCCUUCAGCCCGUCAUGCCAACCUCCCCACUUCACGAGAUGCUCCAGCGGCGCCUGCACCAUCCCGCUGCAGAACUCCAUCGACAACAGCUGCGUUAAAGCAGAACUCACCCGGACCACCCUCAAUCUGAACACCACCAAUGGGCAUAACCCCACCGGACCGAUUUCCAUCCCUCACCUGCUCUCUGCCUGCGUCCCUCCCGCUUUCCUCGUUUCCCUACCUUACCAUGCCCAAGGUUUGGCUCCAUUUGGCCUUACCAAAUUCAGUCUGCCUUCUCUUUUGGCGUCGGCCGUGCCUGGCCUCAAGCAGAAGUUCGCUCUUUGUUUGCCCAGCACGGGAACUGCAUCAGGUGUGCUGUUCUUCGGUGAAGGUUCAUUCUUCCUCUUGCCACCAUGGAGUUCCGCAGUUACCUCAUAUCUUUCCUAUACUCAGCUUGUCCGGCAUCCAGAACACCCGCUUGAUUACUUGAUUCCACUCAAAGGCAUAGCAGUUGCUCAGAAAGGAAUCGGUGCUCCUCUUCGUGGCGGCAUAGCCAGGCUGAGCACCACCGUCCCCUACUCUACGCUGUCAAGGCCGAUCUACAAGGCAUUCACCAGCGCCUUCAACAAGGCCACAAGCGGAAUCCCUCGAGUGACGGCAGUGAAGCCAUUUGAGAUCUGCUUGAAUUCAAGCAAACUCGGUGGUACUCGCGUGGGAGCGCCGGUAGGACCAGUAGAUCUGAUGUUGGAUGGUAAGAACUGGACCAUGUUUGGUGCCAAUCUAAUGAAGGACAUCGACGAUAGCAGAUUAUGCUUGGCUUUCCUAGAUGGUGGCUAUAGACCACAGUACGAAGUUGUCAUAGGAUCAUUCCAGAUGCAGGACAAUUUCUUACUGUUUGAUUUGGAGAACAGGAGGCUAGGUUUCAGUCCGACUUUGCUCUCCUUGCAGACCACAUGCGCGAACUUCAACUUCACAUCCUCCACGGCUUGAUCGCCGGGUUCCGAUUCGAUCGUGUUUUAAAAUUCUACGCUAAGGCCCUAUACCACGCCUGUGUGGAAUGUUCUAAAUAAUAAAGGCCCUAAAGCCGGUCACCAUGCUGUUAUAGUAAAUCAAUAUUGCUGUUAAGAGUAAA